AUGGCAGACGUGCUGGAUCUUCAUGAGGCCGGGGGCGAGGAUUUCGCUAUGGAUGAGGAUGGGGACGAGAGCAUCCACAAAUUGAAAGAAAAAGCAAAGAAACGGAAGGGCCGCGGCUUUGGCUCGGAAGAGGGGUCCCGAGCGCGGAUGCGUGAAGAUUACGACAGUGUGGAGCAGGAUGGCGAUGAACCUGGACCACAACGCUCUGUUGAAGGCUGGAUUCUCUUUGUCACUGGAGUUCACGAGGAAGCCACGGAAGAAGACAUCCAUGAUAAAUUUGCAGAAUAUGGAGAAAUAAAAAAUAUCCAUCUCAAUCUGGACAGGCGUACAGGAUAUCUGAAGGGGUAUACUCUAGUUGAGUAUGAAACAUACAAAGAGGCCCAGGCUGCCAUGGAGGGACUCAAUGGCCAGGAUUUGAUGGGCCAGCCCAUCAGUGUUGAUUGGUGUUUUGUUCGAGGUCCACCCAAGAGUAAGAGGAGAGGUGGCCGAAGACGCAGCAGGAGUCCAGACCGGAGGCGGCGCUGACAGAUUCCCAGAUGUUUUCUGCAGAGAUUCCAUUUGACCAUGCAGCCUUGGAAGAACUGGGCUGGGUUAGAACUUGCUAUGUUUAUAUUUAAUUUCUUACCCUUUACCUGCCUUAUGUUUGAGUUUGAAUAAACUUCCCAUUUUUGUUUUCUACAUUUAAAA